AUGCUUCCUAUAGUGAUUCUCGUCAUCGGCUUUGGUUCCAGUGUUUUGGCCGAUGAUGGAGUUCCCUGGCUAGCCUACUAUGAUGAAAUCUGUUCGAUCGAGUACAACGCUUUAUCCCGAUGCUUGCACGAGGCUCAAUCGGGAUCCGAGUGUCCGCAUGGAUGGACGCUUUUCCCAAAGACUGAAGCUUGUUACUAUAUGCUCCCUGACGGUGCCUACGGUUUUCUCGAAGCCGAGGCGGCGUGCUCUGUUUUCGGCGCUCAUCUCACGUCGAUCCACUCGAGAACUGAGAACCGAUUUGCGUCAAUGCUAAUGGAGGUGCCCUACUUGAAGAGUUGGCAAGAUUUGGCGUGGAUCGGAUUGAAGAUCGAUAACAUGACAAUGUCUUGGACUGACGGUUCCCCGCUAUCCUUCCAGAAUUUCCUCGACGGAGAACCGAACCCGGGCCCCGGGAUUUAUGGAGUCUUGAUGUACGCAAAUCCGAUUCAACACGAUGCCCCGGAGACUCUGCGAAAAUGGGAUGACAUUAAGGGCCCAACCACUCUUCGUAGUGGGCUCUGCAAAAAGGUGCUUCCAGCUAAAAUU